AUGGAGGAUCGUGCAAAGAUUUCUAGAAUGUCUGCCAAAAUCUGCCCUGCCUGCUGUCGUCCCACAGAUGGUAUCCCAGCAUACGGUCCUGCACCACCAGGCUCAGCGACAGCUCCGUCCUGCAGUAUGCAGGACUGUUGUACUCUUCAGCUGCCUGCUCCCUACAAGACCCCAACACGUGGAUGUAAUUUGCAUUGGAUUCAUAUUCGUUCCUGCCAAUUACAAGGAUAUCCACAAAUUGCUUGUUACCGGAUAAUGAUUGAAGUCAUUGUGAUAGCAAUCAAAAAACACAGGCG